UCUCCAUGGCUAAUGUGGGUUUUUAGCACAGCUAACAUCUGCAGUCUCUUUGCCGCUACUUCCAUUACAUUAAGACGGUGCCUGAGCGUGGGGGUGACCAUGGCAAAGAGCAAGUUUGAAUACGUGCGAGAUUUUGAGGCUGACGACACGUGCCUGCCGCAUUGCUGGGUUGUGGUGCGGCUGGACGGCAGGAAUUUCCACCGGUUUGCUGAGAAGCACAACUUUGUGAAACCGAAUGACAGCCGAGCUCUCCAGCUGAUGACCAAGUGCGCCCAGACAGUAAUGGAGGAGCUGGAGGACAUUGUGAUUGCCUAUGGACACAGUGAUGAGUACAGCUUUGUGUUCAGGAGGAAAAGCAAUUGGUUUAAAAGAAGAGCCAGUAAGUUCAUGACUCUUGUAGCCUCCCAGUUCGCCUCCAGUUAUGUGUUUUACUGGCGGGAUUACUUUGAGGACCAGCCCCUUCUGUAUCCCCCAGGAUUUGAUGGAAGAGUUGUGUUGUAUCCUAGCAACCAGACUUUGAAGGACUACCUCAGCUGGCGACAGGCAGACUGUCACAUCAAUAAUCUCUAUAAUACAGUUUUCUGGGCCCUUAUCCAGCAGGCUGGACUAACACCAGUCCAAGCCCAGCAGAGAUUAAAGGGAACUCUGACAGCAGACAAGAAUGAGAUUCUGUUUUCUCAGUUCCACAUCAACUACAAUGACGAGCCACACAUGUAUAGGAAAGGGACAGUGUUGGUGUGGCAGAAGGUAGAUGAAGUCAGGGCACAAGAAGUUAGGCUGCCAGCAGAGAUGGAAGGAGAGAAGAUGAUUGUGACUCGGACCAGAAACCGGCUGGUGCCCCUGCACUGCGAUCUCAUUGGGGAUGCUUUCUGGAAGGAACACCCGGAGAUUCUGGCGGAAGAGAACUGAUCUUGUACUCUACAGUCCCGGUGUGCUUAACCAUGCAGGGCUCGCCGAGUCUCCCUCAUCCCCCAUAGGUGCUUCAAGCAUUCCUGGCUCCCAGCAUCCCGAAGAACACUGUAAGGAGCGACAUGAGUGGAAUUGGGUGGAGACCAAGAAAGAAGUCGGGGGCGGUGUAUCUUGUUCUUAAGCAGAAUACCUUUUUUUUUUUUUAAAUGAUGUUAUAACAUGACUCCUUUGGCUCUUUUCAAAAUCAUGGUCCUAUUUUUAUAAAAGAACUAUUCAUACUCUGCUGGAGGAGUCGUUUUUAGCUGUGGCAUAAGUCUUACAAAAACCUGUCGCCUCUUUUGACCUCUGAUUGAAGAGGAGCCCAGACUUUCCCAUCACCCGCCUUCCUUAACGAGAGAACACAGUGACUGAAAAAUCCCACUUCUGACACCUAAGUACUUGCACUUAUCUUUUGGCAUGAAGUUAAAUAUGGGUUACCACCUGCAUGAUGCCUCCAGACUGAGGAAUCCCAGGGAACACUGAGGCUCCGCGCCAGUCCCCCCGGGGUGCCAGCUCUCACAGAACACAGGAGGAAUGGUUUGGCUGUUCUGCAUCAUUCCAGGAUUGAUGUUUCUGGAACUGUUGGCAUGAUCAUUGUCAUCUCUUAUCAGGGACAGAGUUCCAGUCACUUAACUCUUUUGAAGCAAAGGUAUCUUAGGGAGUUAUAUGUGUAUAUGAGAGGGAAAUGUUUGUAUAUGAAAGAGGAUGGGGAAGCAGCUACUCCUUAUGCGCUGAAAAUACUUCAGUGGGAAAAGCUGAUUGGGGUUAGACUUCUGGACAAACAUUUUCAAAUAGCAUCAGUGUAGUCGGAGCCAUAACAUUGAAUUCAAGAGCAGGGAGGCCUAAUACGGUGGUGUAGCCUAAUCCUAGCACUCUGGAGGUUGAGGCAGGAAGAUCUAAUGUUUGAAGCCAAACUGGGUACAUGGCAAGGCUCUAAGAAGGAGUGGAAUUGCCGUGAGGGGAUCCCUGGAGAUAUUAGAGGUUUUAAAAUAGCUCCUCCUGCCUAUGGCAGGAUGGAAUUGGCAAGGGGGCAUAGAAUGGUAAUGGAAACCAUUUGUUACCAAGGUGUUAAACUCAAUGGGAAAGUCAGGUUUCCUCUUGACCUUGUUUUGUAUCUUAUUUGGCUCCUUCAGUAAUUAAUUAAAAGAUAGCUUCUGUCCUGCUGCCUGGUCUUGGAUUUGCAGAAUCUACAGCCAAGAAGAAAAUGUAUUUUUGAAAAAACAGCGUCUGGCCUCAUCCCUCACUAAUUGACACCCCAUCUGCUGAUGCCAUUUUUUUCCUUCCUGUUCUCUCCACUCCCCAGGAAGCAAUAGAGCUCUUGUUUGGUAACUGCUAAAAUCUUUUUAAGAGGAAAAAAAGCAUAAUAAAGAUUCUAGCUCC